AUGGAUAUUAAAAAUCUAUCAUUAAAAGAUAUAAAAUUCCCUAAAAGUUGGGAAACAAAACCAAGUAAAAUUGAAUACAUGCAAUUUGUUUAUCAAGAAGCAAUUGAUAUGAAAGUUUGGAGAAAAGAUAAUGAAAUUGAUAUAUUAACACACCACCAUGUUACUGAUUUAUCAAGAUUCUUUUGGCCAAAUGCUGACUUUGAAGGAUUGGUAUUAGGUGCAGAAUUAAUGGUUUGGUUCUUUGCAUUCGAUGAUUUAUUCGAUGGUGGUUUUAUUGAUGAUAAUGAAAAUGAACAAUAUAGACUAGUGAAUAGAAUGAAUAAAGUAUUCUUGGAAGGCACCAUUGAGGAUGACUCAACUGGUGCAGAGAGAAUGGGGUAUUAUUUAAGAAAUAAAGUUAGAGCAAUAUGUGGAGAGAAAAGACAAUCAACAUUCCACCGUUUCAAUAGCUCCUGCGUUCAAUGGGUAGAUUCAAUAAUACCAUUUAUUAAAUUAAAAAGAAAUCAAAAAUCAUUAGAUUUCAAUCUAUACAUUCAUCAUAGAAAAUUCAAUAUUGGUGCAAUACCUUGUUUUUUGGUAUCUGAAAUCAUUCUUGACCCAAUGUCAAAUAUUGAAUGUUUUAUUUGGUUAGAUUCAAGAUGGAUUAAAAUGUCUGAAAUCAUUUGUGAAAUAAUUGCACUUGUAAAUGAUUGUGUAUCCUAUGAGAAGGAAAUCAAAGAGAAUGGUGCACCUUUAAAUUCUCUAAAAUUUAUUCAAAUUGAAAAGAAUUUAAAUUUACAAGAAUCAUUUGAAUAUAUUUCAAAUUAUUUAAAUGAACUAAUUAACCAAUACAUUGAACUUGAAACUAGUUUUAUUAAAUCCUAUAAACCUAUAACAUCCAAUUACAAUUCAAACUUUAUUGCAAUAGUUGAACACUUACAUAAUAUGUCAUUUGCCAAUGUUUCUUGGUCUACUCAAACUCCACGUUACCUUAGUCAAACACAACCAUUUCUUGAAUUAAGAAGAAAUAAAAAAAUUAUUACAAAAAUUUAUGAUUUAAAAAAUAAAUAA